AUGGCAGUUGGCCAGGCGCUUCCAGUGCGCUUUCCCUGCUGGUGCAAAGCUGUCUACUCAUGGGGAGGCGAGACCAAACGCGACCUCGGAUUCAUAGAAGGCGAUUUGAUCGAAGUCCUCAAUGCCGGCGAUGGAGCUUGGUGGAUGGGCCGGUUGAAGCGCGACAGGCGCAUGGUCGGCCUGUUCCCAUCGAACUUCGUCGAACUACUCAGCGAAGACUACCAGCCAUGGGCGCGCAACGGCAGCGGUGGAAGCAUGUCGAGGCAGAACAGUGCCCAGGAACAGCCCAAGCCCGCGCCACAGAAGCAGAAGAGCAUGUUCAGGAAGCCCUUCACGGCCUAUGCGGCUGCAGGCGCCCCGAAUCCAGCUGCAGCGGCGCGAGAGAGGCUCAAGGCCGGCGGCAUCAACUCACCGAACGGCAGUGUCAAGACCAAGUCUCCCUACUCGUCGAUGAAGAGGUCGUCUAUCGAGAGCCGAGACAGCCCGUCGCCGGCCACGUCGACAAGGAAACAGUCGAACCUGCGCGCAGUGUCACCGCGACCAGCCUCCAAGAGGACGCCCGUAGCACGAGCUGUAUCGCCAGCACCACCCUCACGACACGGCUCGCACGCACACGCACCCUCUCCCGCACCGCCCGCCGAAUACCACUACCAACCGCGCGCCGUCUCACCAGCACCUCCCAUCCGACGCGGCUCGUAUAUCCCGCCACAGGCUGCCGCACCUCCAGCCCAAUACCAAUACCAGCCUCGUGGAGUGUCACCUGCACCGCCCAUACAACACCGCAACUACGCCAGAGCCGCAUCUCCAGCUCCCCCACAACAGAUACAAGACCUAUACCGAACAGCUUCGCCAGCACCCCCGAGACAAAAUCAAGACUAUUACCGGGCAGCGUCGCCAAUUCCUCCACGACAAAGCCAGGAUCUAUACCGGGCAGCCUCACCAGCACCCCCAGUUCACUACCAGCAGCACUCGAGAGCGGUGUCUCCUGCGCCCUCGUUCCAGUACCGAGCAUACGACCGUGGACCUUCGCCAGCCCCAUCGUUUGGUGAACGUUCGCGUGCUGCUUCACCAGCCCCUUCGAUCCAAUACCGCGCAUACGACCGAGGUCCAUCGCCAUCUCCCUACCAACACCAACUCGAUUACGACGAUCACAGCCGCGGUCCAUCGCCCGCGCCUUACGAUGACGAAUUCGAAGCAGACGUUGGCUCGCCGCCACCUCCACCACCGCACCGCGUUGCUUACGACCCCAGCAGAGCUCCAUCUCCCGCGCCUCCUUCCCACAACGGUUUCAUCACACCCGAACCGCCCUCGCCUGACCCAAGAACACGUGCAGGCCACUUCACACCUUCCCCGCUUACGGCAGCGAUGGACGAUGUCAUGACGUCUCUGCAGGAUAUGACAACGUCGAACAGUAACGAAUCGCCAGAAGACUCUCCAACUCCAGCGAACCCGUGGUCUCCAGAGGCAUUCGAUCAAGUGUACCAGGAGUCAGCGAAGAAGGUCAGGGCACAAUCCGCGAUGGACCAGGGUGAUGAGGAUGAAGAGGAAGGCCUUCCAGACGUCAACAACUACAUGAAGCGCAUGGAGAGUCGUCUGAGGCGAAUGAAGCAGCAGGAACAAGCCAGGAACGGUGAACUUUUCAUGGGCGACGAUGAAGGACCAACUGUACCUUUGAAAGGCUCCCAUCAGAGGCCUGGGUCCUCGAGGGCAGACACUGACCCAGAAAUUCAACGGAAGGGCUCGAAACUGCUUAACCACCGCAAAUCUGCUUACAACAUGGGACGUAAUGCCCUGGGACGAACAUUUACGAGCAAAACGAACUCUACGACUACGACGCAUACCAGCAGCAGCACCGAUCGCAGCUUGAUGUCUGGACACUCUGCGACGAACAUGAGUGCUACGAGCGCAGGAAGCUACUACCGCAAGAAGUUCGGCAAGGACCGACCGAAGAGCGUAAUGAACACAAAGGACACAGCCGGGAAGGGAUACGGCUUCGACGAUGGACGACCAGAGACGCCCUUUACUGGUGUCACAUACCACUCCAGCCACGCUUCGCAACCACGACCUGGGUCCAGCGAUAACCAGCAAGCUGAGGUUGGCACCCCAGCAACGGACGAUCCGGAUCCGCUUGGUGGACUGAGGCAGCCUUUGAAGACGAAGCGCAGCGGCUUCUUCCGCAAGAUGAUAGACACAGCGAAGACUCAGGCGGCAAAUGCUCGUAGCACCAUCGACACGAUAAGCAGGCCAGGAUCGCGAGCUGCUAGCAGAGCAGCAGGUCGUGCAACCAGUCGCGCAGCAAGCCGCAUGGACAGCAAUGAGUCAACAGGUAUCGAAGGAGGUAAAGCGACCCAUACGGCAAACCCCUCGAGAGAUACGGGCCUGGGCACGGUGGAUUGGGUACAAGUCCGCCGUGAUGUCAACCGAUCCAACUCUCUCAGCAAGAACGAGCGUGCGGAGCGAGCCGAAAGAUGCCAAAUGAUGGAUAUUCCCGUCUUGAACCCGAUUGAGAUCUUGUACGAGUCAGCGGAAGGGGACGAGGGUCUCGACGGCCUUCCCAUCACCGAGCCUACCGAUUUUGCAGCCUGCAGUCUCGGCCACGUUGACAAAAGCACGCGGUUCAUCAACAGCGUUCCUCUUGGAACUAACCCAGCGACCUUGGCUCAGGCAUACGUCUGCCGACCCUACCGGAGCGAUAUGCAACGAUUACGGGCCAUCUUUACCUGGGUCAGCGAGCGUAUCGCGUGGGAGGACGACUUCGAAGGCGAGAUGGACCCGAAGCAUGUGAUUCAGGGCAAGCGUGGAUGCUCUCAAGAGAUCGCCAUGGUUGUGGCAGAGAUGUGCGCUUCUGUUGGAAUGCAUGCUGAAGUUGUUCGUGGCUAUCUGAAGACGCCUGGCGAACCUCUGGAUCUGGAAAGCGUUGCCCGACCGAACCACUUCUGGAACGCUGUCAUCGUUGAAGGCGAGUGGCGUAUAAUGGACUGUUCGCUUGCUGGGCCUACAAACCCAAAGCGAGUUCACUACUCAACGGCGGGAUCAUCCGUGGCGGAGACGUGGUAUUUCCUCGCUCGUCCCAUGGAGAUUUGCUAUUCUCAUGUUCCGCUCUUGCCCGAACAGCAACACAUUUGCCCUCCACAACCUCAUGAGGUGCUGAUGGCUCUGCCUUGCGCAACGCCAGCUUAUUUCCGCCACGGUCUCAAUAUGGUCAACUUUGACACUAGCCUUCUCAACUUGGACAACCUCGAGAUGGGCCACGUGUAUAUCGACGUGCCGGAAGACGUAGAAUGCGUUGCGGAAGUCGAGGCGAGAUCUUACUCUCAAGACAUGGACGGCGACUUUUUCGAAAGCGGUGAAAUUGUCAAAAAGCCGGCAUUGGCGCAAGCUGAAUGGUACGGCGGCCAGAAGAGAUACACCGUCAAGGCUCUUCUACCGGGUGAUGGAGGUCAGGGUGUCCUGAAAAUCUAUGCAGGACCUCGGGGACUUAUGCACUCCAACAAGAUGAACCCUCAUAACCUGGCGAUCGGCCUUCCAAUGACGCAUACCGGCACCAAUCCUCCGUACUCAUUCCUGACACUGCACCCUACGCCCCAUGCUCAACGAAACGAUCUAUACGUCGCUCAACCACAGUGCGCCAAUCUGGCUUUAAACAACACUUUCGUCUUUUGCGUGCGCCAGCAUCCAUCAUCCCUAACGAAGUCGCCCGAACCAAGUCCUGCGAUGCACGGCCGAGCGUCGCCAAAUCCCUUUGCCCGUCCUGCUUCUGCUAUGAGCAUGCAGAGCAUCUCAGCUACUGGUUCCAACUACACAAACCCAUCGCAAAGCUCUUCCGGAUCAGCAGACAGUAGGAGCAACAAGCCCGCCAAGCUAGCCGUGCAAACACCUUCUGGCAAGAUUAUCCGCCUGACGAGAAAGACGGAGCACAUGAGCAGUACCAAUGAUGCCGACGGUACGGCUUGGGAGACGAUCAUCAAGAUUGGAGAGAAGGGCACAUGGCGAGGCUUGGUACUUGCCGACCGAAGCGCGAGGUGGUGUGUUUUUGCUCAGUGGGAGUGUGCUUGA